AAAAAAAAAUACUCGCAACUCGCAAGGUCGUCCACCAAAAUGCGAGGAUCUCCUCCAAAUUCCAAUCUCUCACCAAAUCCUCCAAAUCUGUAGCGACGGUGGUGAUCUGAUCUCCCCGAUGGACUCCCAGUCAUGGGCGCUCACGUGCCGUGACACCCUCCGCCUCAUCCUCCAGAAGCUUUCCGUCCCCGAUGUCGCUCGGGCGACUUGCGUGUGCCGACUCUGGAACUCCGUCGCCUCCGACCAUGAGCUCGUCGCCAUUUCCUUCAAGGCGCCUUGGAAGCUGAAGCACGUCGUCGGAAAGCCGGUCUCUGGGAGCUUCUGGAGGGACAGCGGGAUCGGCAAGUUCGCCAUUUCGCAUCACCUUGUGAGGGGGGACAGCCUUGCUAGUCUCGCUGUCAAGUACUCUGUUCAGGUUAUGGAGAUAAAACGAUUGAACAACAUGAUGAGUGACCAUGGCAUAUACUCAAGGGAGAGGUUGUUAAUCCCUAUAAGCAAUCCUGACAUUCUUGUAGAUGGGACAUGCUACAUUGAGCUAGAUAGCUAUGCAAAAAGGGAAGUGGCAGUCUUGUAUCUUGAAGGUGGUCCUGAUAGAAAGUCCAGCCAUUUGCUGAAGAAGAUGACUUCUGAAGAAGGGAAGAGGAAGAUUGUUGACUCGUUGAAGAGAAGCAUGCAAGUUGAUGAUGGGACUGCCCAAUAUUACUUGUCUAUUUCAAAUGGUGAUCCUCGGGCUGCUCUCUCUGAAUUUUCCGAGGACCUUAGGUGGGAGAGGCAGGAGGGCUUGGCCUAGUUUCUCAAAUAAGGACUUGGAAGUACAUAAUAAACAGUGAAGAUUGGCCCAAGACAUGAUGAAUAUUGCUCUUCUUAAACUUGUUUAUGUUCUUUAUCUUUUCGUUAGAAAGAGUUUACUACUUUGAAUCUGUCCUCUUCAAAGCACAGGGGAAUCGAGUUUUCUUCAUUUUGUCAUGGAUACUCUUUCGAUGAUGUAAUCAACUGCAAUUGCAGGAAGUGCGUGGUUCAAUUGUGACAAGUUAAUGAGUGUUGUAAAUUAAAUAUAAACUGGGAAUUGUGAUCA